CGGCCUCCAUUGACCACCAUCUACCUGCUUUUGCGCACGUCCCACAACCGUUGCUCAGCUUCCUCUUAGUGUAUUAUCUCGCAAAAUCUCGUACAUAUUGACCAUGCCCAAGCGCAAGUCUGACGCUGUCGACGAGUUCGACGCCUUUGACCCGUCGAACGCGUCGGAUGGCGUCGCAUCUGACGACGAGAAACCGAAGGCGAAGAAGGCGCGGACGUCGGGCGCAUCUGGCGCGCCUGAAGCGUCCACUUCGACAGCUCCUGCCAAGGGCAAAGGCAGAGGCGCAAAAGCCAAAGAACCUGCUCCGUCGAAGGAUUGGCGGGAGAUCAAGCUGGAAGGGGAGGAUGAAGACGGAGGCGUGCCAGUCUACGACGACUGUAACGAUAUCAGACGGAAGAUCCGCGCUCUUCAAAAGACACCCGGAUUCAAGGUCACGCAUUGGCUGACUGAAAUUGGGAAGGUUAACAACAACUCCUACAACCGCUUCAUGAAACAAAGUGGUCCAACCGGAGGUGCGGAGAAUGGCACGUACUAUGCUGCGUACGUCUACUUCGAGAAAGUUCGCAUCGCCGAAGGCAAGAAAAAGUCCCCCAAACGUAUCCGCACGGAGCAGGAAGCGCCGGGUGGUCUCGAGUUGCGAGAUCGCAAGCGGAUGUGGGUGUUUGGGCCCGCCUGAGGAAGAUCAAACAUAGCUACGCGCCCUCCCUACUUACUUGAUAACUGACCACUUCAGGUCGCUCUCGUG